AGCACGUGACUGACGGACAGAGGGGAGCUGGGUGAGGUCCCAGCAUAUGACGUGGGCGCGUAAACACGGGAAAGAACGAACACGGACAUCGGUGUGUGUGGUCGAUCGAUCCGGAUCAGUCCGGUGGUCUGACAGUGAUCUGGGGUCUACUGAAAACAUCAAAGGGGAUCAGCUGGGCUUCAUUUUUCGGUGUGUGGUUGGGCGGAGGAAGGAUGCGUUGCCUGGUAACAGAGACCGGAGUGAGGAUGAAAGCAGGCCAACCGUCGCUCUGAGUGAACGUCUUCCGCAGUAACGGCCCACAUUUGAUUCUUUUAACAGUUCAGUUUCAAUCUAUUGUAUCGAACAGCAGCCUGUUUUAACUGGUCAGCGGAUAAAGGUGGUGAUGCCUGAAGAAUACACCGUGUACUGACCUCAUUACACGCUUGACAUUUAAGAUUUUUACAUUUUAAAGCUGUAAUACGCCUUUAAGAGGCUACAUGUCCGCAAAGAGGAUGCGUGCCUGUAGUCCACGCUGAGGGUGAAGCUGCCGUCAUGCCGUGUACGUGUGCAGAGUGGAGGAGGUGGAUCCGCCCGCUGGUUCUGGUGCUCUACGCCCUCCUGCUGGUGGCCGUGCUGCCACUAUGCGUCUGGGAGCUGGAGAAGGACAAAGUCGGCACUCACAGUAAAGCCUGGUUCAUCGCCGGUGUCUUUGUGUUUCUGACCAUCCCGAUCUCGCUGUGGGGGAUCCUGCAGCACAUGGUGCACUACACCCAGCCUGAGCUGCAGAAGCCCAUCAUCAGGAUACUGUGGAUGGUGCCGAUCUACAGUUUGGACAGUUGGCUGGCUCUGCGAUAUCCCAACCUGGCCAUCUACGUGGACACGUGCAGGGAGUGCUACGAGGCCUACGUCAUCUACAACUUCCUGGUUUUCCUGCUGAACUUCCUGAGUAACCAGUACCCCAGCCUGGUGCUCAUGCUGGAGGUCCAGCAGCAGCAGCCACAUCUGCCCCCGCUGUGCUGCUGCCCACCGUGGGCCAUGGGAGAGGUGCUGCUGUUCAGGUGUAAGCUGGGAGUCCUGCAGUACACUGUGGUCAGACCAGUUACCACGGUGAUAGCGCUCAUCUGUCAGCUCUGUGGGGUUUAUGAUGAAGCAAACUUCAGCUUCAGAAACGCCUGGUCCUACCUGGUCAUAAUCAACAACAUAUCACAGCUGUUUGCCAUGUACUGCCUGGUGUUGCUCUAUCGAGCUCUCAGGGAGGAGCUGAUGCCCAUCAGGCCUGUGGGGAAGUUCCUCUGUGUCAAACUGGUCGUGUUCGUCUCCUUCUGGCAGGCGGUUUUAAUAGCACUGCUGGUGAAAGUUGGUGUGAUCUCUGACAAACACACCUGGGACUGGGACAGCGUGGAGGCCGUGGCUACUGGUCUGCAGGACUUCAUCAUCUGCAUAGAGAUGUUUCUGGCUGCCAUCGCUCACCACUACACCUUCACCUACAAGCCCUAUGUACAGGAAGCAGAGGAGGGGUCGUGUUUUGACAGCUUUUUGGCCAUGUGGGAUUUCUCUGAUAUCAGAGCUGAUGUUAGUGAGCAGGUCCGCCAUGUGGGCCGGACGUUCCUGGGUCGUCCCAACAAGAUGUAUUUCGGUGCAGCGGCUCGACCCGAGCACACCGAGCACACCGGCCUCCUCACAGCCACCUCGCAGGACCCCAUCGCCGUGGCAGCCACGUCGAUGCCCACCUCCCCUUCAUCAAGCGGGCGCUACCAGGGGCUCGGCCACACCACGGCACCCCACUCUAUCUCUGCUCCGGCUGGGUUCACGUCCUCGUCUUGGGACGAAGACAGCGAAGGCUCACCUCCACAGGCGGGUGGAGCCCAAUAACAACAGGGACGUACAGCAAAGAGGAGAGAAAGAGACUCUCGGCUUCUGUAUUCAAAUCUAAAACAAACUAUAAACAUGAACUCUUUUGAACUUUCUGCACUUACGUUUGAACAAAGACGAGGCCAAGCAUACGAGCAUACUGUAAUGUCAAAGCCAUGUUUGUUGGAAAUCUUUGGUAUUUAAAAAUAAGUACUCAGAUUUCAAUGUCUGAAUCUGUAUAUUGAUGUCAAAUGAUGUAAUUUUGACAAAUGUAUCUGUCGUGUGUGAAGGAAAAGGAUUGGAGAGUUUUCAGCAGGUUAUUCAAGCUAGCUUUGACUAUUUGUUCUAACUUAUUAUAAAUAAAUAAACAGACUGUGCUA